AUGGGAAAAGGCUAUGAAAAUUAUAUGUCAAAAAAAUGGUUUCAUCCAACGAAUAUUGGAAAUAUGAAACGUCAAUAUAUGGCUGAACAAAAAUCUGCUAAUGAAAAGCUGCGACAACAGGAAUUACGUGAACAAUAUGAACGUGAACAAGAAUUGUUUUCUAAUAAAAAAUUAAUGGGUGAUGAAAAAGCACGUCUUGGCCUUUCGUUUAUGUAUAAUCCACCGGCUGGAAUGGCUAAACAAGAAGAACCACAACAACAGGAACAAGAACUCAGACGAGCUGAUGGAACAUUAAUUAUUAAAAAAGAUGAACCCAAAUUUGAAUGGCAAAGAAAAUAUAAUGCACCAAGAGAAUCAUGGGCUAAAAAUGAUGAUAAAAUUCGGGAUCAACCUUUUGGCAUUGAAGUCAGAAAUGUUCGCUGUAUAAAAUGUAAAAAAUGGGGUCAUGUAAAUACAGAUAAAAUUUGUCCAUUAUACGGGAAAUCUCGUUUCGAUAAUGAUUCAAAUCAUCCAAUAACUCAAUUGACUCUUACACAGAAUAUGCCAACAACAAAUGAAUUGAUCGAAGAUUUACAUACUAAAGGCUUAGCUAUGCGACGCGGUGGAGCUGAACAUAUGAUGGCUCACAGGGACACUAAUAAUGAUGAUGGACAUAAUCGAACCAAGCAAGAGGAAUUAAAAAUGGAAUUAGAAUUUUUAAAACAACUACCGAAACAAAUGAAAAGUCGUCUACAUCAACGUCUCAAACAUUUACAAAGACACGGAGCGCUUAAAGUUUAA